AUGUCACCUACUCGUGCGGCUGGGUUAGUAAUAUUCCGGUACACAAAUAAAGCAAUACAGUUUCUUCUUUUGCAGACCUCAUAUGGUGAACAUCAUUGGACUCCACCAAAGGGUCACGUAGAUCCCGGUGAGAGUGAUUGGAUAACCGCUUUACGAGAAACUAAAGAGGAGUCAGGACUUUCAGAAAAUGAAUUGGAAGUAUAUAGAAACAUAAGCUACACACUUAAUUAUGAAGUAAAUAAAAAGCCUAAGUGUGUUACAUAUUGGCUUGCCAAAUUAAAAAAUCCUGAUCAAACUGUUACAUUGUCUGAUGAGCAUCAAGACUACAAAUGGCUGCCCUUACAAGAAGCUCAAGAAUUAUCUGGUUAUGAUGACAUGAAAAAAUUGCUUGAAGAAUUUCAUACAGAAGUGUUAAAGUUGUUG